AUGUCGUCCGAGGUUAAAGUAUUUGAUGCUGAUGAAAUUUCCAAACACACAACACAUGAUGAUUGUUGGGUGGUCAUAAAUGGUAGAGUUUAUAAUGUAUCAAGCUACAUAGAUGAGCACCCUGGAGGGGAAGAGGUUCUUUUGGAUGUCGCAGGUUCAGAUGCUACUGAAGCCUUUGAUGAUAUUGGACAUUCCGAUGAGGCUCAUGAAAUAUUGGCAAAAUUGUUUAUUGGAAAUUUGAAAGGCGCUAAACCUGUUGAGGCUAAGAGAGCUCAAAGCUAUAAAUCAGAAGAAGGUUCGGUUAAUGUGCCAUUGAUUGCUGUUGUUGUUUUCCUACUUGCGUUUGGUGCUUACUACUAUAAAACCAAUUUCUAA